AUGAGAGCCGUCUGCGGUCUUCAGGCCAAAACCAGACGAGGCGAACUCCGGUCAACGGUGGGCGCAUCGUGGACCACCACCUUCUUGCACACGAACGGCGAGUUCCAGAAAAGGGAGCCGGAGUUAGUUAGCAGGAUCCGCGCGCUGGCGGCCAAGGUGAACUGCGAGGAGGGCUGGUCCAUGCCGGUGGAAGAGGGCAACCUGAGGUGCAUUGAGCACCACGAGUACCUGAAUGGCGGAGGCCUCGCCGACCAUCACCAUCGGGACACCGGCUCCUUGGUGACCAUUGACCUCAUGCUGAGCGAAGCCAGCUCGGGUGGUGAGUUCUGCACGCUCGAAGCAGACGGACUGCUCAGGGAGCACGAUUUCCACCGGGGAGACGCCAUCGUCUUCCCGUCCCACAAGCCGCACAGCGUGGGACAGAUCACAAGUGGCCGUCGAUCUGUCCUGAUUGUGGAGAUUUGGCCGGGCCUCCCCCGUAGCUGCGCGCACCGCUGCGUCGGGGAUCCCGAGGCUGCUUGCGACUUCGGUGUCAUGGACAGUGCCCGGGAGAACAUGCGGUACCUCUUUGCGAGAUAG